CCAAGUAAUCCCAGCCGUAGUGUCACUUUUUAUGAAUUCAAUGCAAAAAUUCUGGUCUACACACAAAAUACACUACAAUGGCAGACAACUUCAAGGGUAUCCCCAACGCAAUGGACACGGAGUUCGACAACUUUUGGAAUAAGGUUAGCUGCUUUGCGGCCGCAAACUUUCCCUUCGAGGAGCGGUGCGAGUUCGUCAGAAACGCCGUCGACUGCAAUACGAGUACGAAUGUGGUGCCUUACAUGACUCUCCUGGCCUGCGAGCUGAAGUGCGUUAAUAAAUUCCAGGAAAUGAUCUUUAUAAGCUUGUUCAUGAUGCUGGGCUUCCAGAUUCUGAUUUUACUGAUCUACACGAUCAAUGAUUACUAUACUCCUGCUCUCAAGGCCGUUUCGCGGUUACUUCACAUGAACGAGCACUUGGCGGGAGUCACCCUGAUGGCGUUUGGGAACAGUUCCGCCGACCUCUUCUCAAACCUGGCCAGUGUUAAGAGACAUGUGCCAGUGCUCGCCAACAGCUUGUCCUCAGCCCUGUUUGUGACCAUGAUUUCCGGGGGCCUAAUUUGCUUUAUGACGCCCUUCAAGAUGAACGCUUACGAAACCGUCCGAGACAUUUUAUUUCUUAUUCUUGGGACCUUUUUGAUGGAUUACUUUACGUCUUCAAGUGGAGUUGUAAAGAACGAGUGGCAUUUUUCACUCGUGGCCUUGGUCUACGUCUCCUACAUUAUUAUUAAUGUUGCAGAUGUUUAUUUACUGCGGAGGACAUUAAAAUCAACGGAGAUCAAAAUUCAAAGCCUAAUGGGAAAAGAACAAACGCCGAAAACCCUAGAAAAAAUUCGAAAACUAGAAGAAAAGUACGAUUACUAUUCACAAGAUGGGCAAGUGGAGAUUUAUGAGCGAAACAGCAAAGUCUCGCAGCAAGACAAAAUAAGGUACACCACACUGCGAAUGGUCCGAGAUUCUCGUGUCAGCGUUAACCGGGGCUUAACCAGAUUUAAGAGGCACGACAUCACCCAGCCGAAGAACAGGGGGCUCUUCAGGGAUUUCGUCCUGGCACUGAGGCCCUUUAAGUGUGUAGCCUGGCGGAAGGCCGACAUGCUGGAGCGGACGCUACUGUUGAUCAGGACCCCGGCCGUGAUCCUCUGCACCCUCUACAUUCCGCUGGUGGACUAUGAGCUGGACAAACAUGGCUGGAACAAGCUACUAAACUGCCUUCAUGUGAUACUAAAUCCUGCCCUGUCCAUAGCAGUCUUCAUGUCUGUUCUAAAUACUAAAGGAAACACUUUGUGGUACAUUGCCCUGCAGCAGCAAAUGGUCUAUGGGGCGUAUUCCCUUGUUCUUACCGUGCCAUUUGCCAUUUUCAUUCUCGUUAAAUCUCGGACAGAUGUGCCGCCUUCAUAUCACUGGUUAUUUACGCUGAUGAAUCUGACUGGAUCUAUGUUCAUAAUCUUCAUUUGCGCCACGGAAAUCGAUAAGGUACUGGAAGUGAUUGGAAAUAUAAUGUCCAUAGAUGACGACUUCAUGGGCGCUACGGUAAAGGCUUUUACUGGGAAUCUGAGCAGUAUUUUUGCCAACACCGCUGUGGCCGCUCACGGCUAUCCGAAAAUGGCUUUUGCAUCCGCCAUUGGAGGAUCUUUUUUCACUAUUGUUGUAACUGGAAACACUGUGAUUUACGUAAGAAGUCUGGUCGGUCACGACGUUAAUACUCGUAACCAGAUGGAAGAGUAUGGUUUUUCGGCUUUCUUAUUCCUAAAUAUCGGUCUGUUCACCAUUCUGCUGUGGUCCACAACGCUGGGAUUUUUUGCACGCCGCUCCAUGGGAUUGUAUUCGAUUGCCCUGUACAGCAUCUAUCUAACUUUCGCCAUUUUGGUGCAUGAGAAAGUAAUUCAUUCGUUCGCUGACGCCCCUCAGAUUUCAGCUGCAUUUGGAGAUAUUUAGAAGCUAAACUAUCAGAACUUCAUCUGUGAAAAUAUUACAUUUCUACAUUAAAUUUAUACUUUUAUA